AUGGCCCCCGAGGCGCCUGAUCCUCAGAGCCUGAAGUCAUGGCACGAUGCAUUUCAAUACCCUAUUCCCACAGUCCGACGUGUGGAACAGGAGCUCCGUCGGGAUAUUUCCAGCAAUAAGGAGAAGCUCCGAGCUCUCGUGGGGACGAGAUAUCGCGACCUGGUCGGAACUGCGGAGACGAUUGUGGCUAUGAAUCGUGAUAUUCAAGAUGUGGAAACCGUUCUAGCCGAUAUUGGGCGCCGAUGCAACCCUCGGCUAGUGGAAAGGAAGCAUGUUCAUGCUCGGCAAAUAAAGAGCGGGGACGCAGAGAAAGACUCAGAGAAGCACGCUUUUGGCGCCCAGCUCGCCCUUCUCCACCGCUGCACAACAUCUAUCAGCCGACUUCUGCGACGGCGCGCCUCUCUUCUUUUGAUCGCUAAGAUUCUCGUUGUCGCCCGGUUAUUGCAUAACACAUUAUCGCAGCAUGCAUCUCUCCCUCCAUUCCUUGACGAUCUUCGCAACCAGCUGGCGUCUCUCCGGGAAACGGUCCGAAAACGUAUUGAUAAGCGCCUUGCAUCUCACAGCGCAACGGACGAGAGCAUCAUCGAGUCAUUGGCCGCUUAUUGCCUCGCAACCAGCUCUUCCUCCGAUGAUGCCAUCCAUCAUUUCCACCAAGUGCGCUUGGAUGUUAUCACUAGCCAGUUAGAUUUGUCUCGCCACAACAUCCCCAAAGUUCUUCAGCUGUUUGUCCGGUCACUUCAGGUCUCCAAGGUCUUGCGGUCCCGUCAGUUCGCCGAUGUGCUCUCAAGGCUAAAGGCCCGACCUCUACUUGCGGACCCCGAGAUUCGAAGCCUAGAGGGGUUAGAUGUCGAAGUUUUUGGGCGUUGGGUAGCUCCGGACGUUAACAAUUUUACCCCGUGGAUUAAGCUUAGUGAACUCAGCAGAAUCGAGGGCGUGGAAUUGAUGAAAGAAUGGUCUCUUCAAGCUUUCGAGAAGUUCUCUGACGGUUGCCAAAAGAGCCUGGCUACUAGCACCGAUUUCUCCGAGCUUCUUUCACUUCGCUCGCAAACUGUUGAGCUGUGGCUCUCAUCUUGGGGCUCGACUAUCAUCCAUGGCUCGGUGGACGUACUGGAAAGACUUCGAAGGACCUUCAACGAUCAACUUGCACGCAUUCUUCACGUGCAAGCGCAAAGCCUAAGUGAGGUUGGAAGCAAAGCCACCUCUGUAGUAUCAGGCUGGGAGAAUGCGGAGCAUACUUCUGUCGGAUCUUUGUGGGAUGCUGAUCUCAUUACUGCAGACUAUUCAAAUGGCGCACAUUUAUUCAAACAGACCGUGGCCGACAGGCUUCUCGGCCGUGACGGGGAUGUUUCCCUUGUCUUGGCUAAGUACCAAGCAUGGAUGACUUCUAUCCAAGAGCUCAGCGAAUCAAUUGACUCACUGCGUCGCAUGCGAUGGACUGACGUGCUCAUUGGGGGUGAAGAUGAGGAUGAUGACAUUGAUGUUACCCCUCGACUCAACGAGAAUGAUCCCCGGCACUUGUCCGAUACACUCCACUCCGCCGUUCAAGAGUCUUUCGCCACUCUACAGAAAUCAUUCAGCGAUGCCUUCAAAUCAUUCAACCUUUCACAUACAAGCGAGAAGGCUACUUUCCUGCUGAGACUAAUCCGACUUAUUCGGCGGGAUAUCCCCACCACAUUCAUUCCCGGAGAAUUUGUUUUCUCAAACGAUGUUGUCCCAGAGUUGCAGGCAUUACUUGCAACAGAGGUUGUCGCUAAAGCGGGCGUCUUGAAGUUGAUUCCAUCACCAAAGAGCCACCCUCAGACUGGCAAAAUCAAGACCGUGCCCGGACGCUCGCUCUGGGAAGGCGAACCGGCCAUCCCAAUCCAACCCUCAACUUCAAGCUUCAAGUUCCUGCGCCGUCUCACCUCCACCAUGGAUACUUGUGGGUUGGACCUUUGGGAUCCAUCCACAAUCCAAGCAUUGAAGCAAGAAUUGAAAAAGCAUAUUGAAACCUCCAUCACCUCUGCAUUGGCAGAUCUGGACGACGCAAAUACCCCAGACAAGACCGAUAUCAAGGACAAGCAGCCCGCCACAAACGGUGACAGUGAGAAGGAAAACAAGCCCGCGGAGAACGAAGAGACUACAACCGAUAUCCCAGAUCAAGCCGAGGGUCUGCGCGAUUGGAAGAUCCAGGUUUUGUUCGAUUCUCUGUACUUAUCUGAGAUGCUCGGAGAGCGAAAUCAGCUGGCUGAUGUCGUUGACCGUGCGCAGAAGAGCGCUGGAUCGAGUGCUGAAACCAUUAAGACCAUCAAGAAGCUUGCAGGCGAGUACUGGACUCGCACGGAGCUGCUUUUUGGUCUGUUGGCGGGACAGUGA